CGGGCUACUUGAACGGCGAGAGCGGCGCCGCGGCGUCAGACUCGGCGGCUGCCGUCCAUCGCGCCCCGUGCUGUGGCGGCGCGGCCAUGCUGGCGGGGCAGGAGAACCAGGAGAACGUCCUCCCGGGCGGCAAGGCGCCGCCGCCCGCCGGUCCCCGGGUGGUGCUGGGGCUGCUGCGGGGCGCCCAGCAGCGGUCCGGGCAGCCGCCGCAGGUGAGGAGGGCCGGGAGGGCUGGGGCAGCUGUCAGCGGGCGGGCCGGGCCGGUGGAGGCGCUGACGGGCCGCUCUCCCCCGCAGGCGGCGCGGAGCGGCGAUGAGGGCCCCUGUGCGGGGCGGCCGAGCGGCGGGCAGCAGCAGCAGGCCUUCACCAUCCAUGUCGACGAGCCGGACGGGGAGCGGCCGCGGCGGCGGGGCGGCCCGACGGCCCAGAGCGAGGAGGCGGCGCUGGGGCUGCGUGCGGCCAUCUGCACCGUGGGGCUGCGGCGGCCGCUGGCGCCCCUGGACAACGCCAUGGACAUCAGCUUCGAUUCUCCAAGUAAAUUGGAUAUUUCAAUAAGCUCAGAACCAGAAGAGAAAAAGCCAAAUGUUAAUAACGUGCCAGACUAUAUCGGCGAUAUCCAUAUGUACCUCAGGGAAAUGGAGGUGAAAUGCAAGCCUAAAAUGGGUUACAUGAAGAAACAACCUGAUAUCACAAACAACAUGCGGGCUAUUCUUGUGGACUGGCUGGUGGAAGUUGGAGAAGAAUACAAAUUACAGAAUGAAACUCUGCACUUAGCUGUAAAUUACAUUGACAGGUUUCUUUCCUCAAUGUCUGUUUUGAGAGGAAAACUCCAGCUUGUGGGUACUGCAGCUAUGCUUCUUGCAUCAAAAUUUGAAGAAAUCUACCCUCCUGAAGUAGCAGAGUUUGUUUACAUCACAGAUGACACCUAUACCAAGAAGCAGGUUCUAAGGAUGGAGCACUUAAUUUUGAAGGUUUUGUCAUUUGAUUUGGCAGCUCCAACAAUCAACCAGUUCCUCACUCAGUAUUUCCUACACAAGCAGACAAAUGGUAAAGUGGAGAGCCUAUCAAUGUACCUUGGGGAGCUGAGUCUCAUUGAUGCUGAUCCUUACCUGAAAUACUUGCCAUCAGUUAUUGCUGCUGCAGCGUUUCACCUAGCAGGCUAUACGAUCACUGGACAAACUUGGCCCGAAUCCCUGUGUGAAGUAACAGGCUACACCCUUGAAGACAUCAAGCCUUGCCUCAUGGACCUACACCAGACCUACCUCAAAGCAGCACAGCACAUGCAACAGUCCAUAAGGGAGAAGUACAAGAGUGCAAAGUACUAUGGAGUAUCGCUUAUUGACCCACCAGAGACACUAGACUUAUUGUAACAAUCAAGAGACUGAUCUUUUAAAAAGAUGUAUAUUAUAAGAAAAUGAUGUACAGUUUUUAAACAUGCUUCGAAAUUCUAGAUGUGAUCAUUCAUAAUAUUAAUACUGGUUUUGAGGAGCUUAAUUAUGAAGUUAGUUUUAAUGUAAAUCUUUUGUACAUGCAAUUUUGAUAAAAUACUUAGCUGGGUUUUUAUAAUAAAGAUCUCUUCAAGCACAGAAUUAACCAUGCAGACCAAGUGAAAUCUUGAGACUGCUUACCUAACGAUAGACUAAACACGAAUAUUAGCAGUGCAUUACUAUAGUAGGGCUUCUUCUCCUUCCACUUCAAGAAUGACUUGGACUCCACAGCAGUAUUUGUAGCAUUUUUGUACUGUCUAGUUUAAACUGAGACUUAGUAUAGAUCCAAAAUGUGGCUUUACAGCUAUAAUACUGGAAGAAAAAAAUGAAGUAGCUCUGAGGAGAACACCUUGCUAGAAUUGACUGUUGUGAGGCACUUUGGGACAUGGUGGUUACUGGAAGCCUUGAUCCCUAUGUUGUGUAUUGCCAGAUCUCCAUCAGGUUUGAGGGUGAAUGCUCUGCUGCAGGGACCACACGGUUAAAGCUAUUAUACCCAUUCAUACUUCCCUCUUCCAGUAUGUAGAAAAGUCUUGCCACAGGUAUUUUCUAGUCAUGAAGUGUAAAACUGAUACGAAUUUUAACCCAUGGAGUGUCCCCACUGAUAUGCUAGCUGUCCUGAAGGCCUGCCCAUGUCCACUUAAAAAAAAAAAAAAAAAAAAAAGUCAUCAGUCUGGUUAUCCUUUGCUACUUUAGGGGCGGUGGGGGAUUAAAAUGUAGGAGAGUGAACUACUGCUCUGUGCCCUCAAGAGGGGAAGUUUUCUGGCAUGGAUGGGCUAUGUGCAGAACGGUACAGCUCCUGUACAUCCCCCUUGCUUAGAAAGGGAUCCUCUGCAGCACACAGCAAAAAUACAGACCGACCAGUCUUAUUUUUUUCUUAGUUCUAGAACUGUUAGACAAGCAAAUUGGUAGAUAAUCGGCGUUAAAUCAAGUGGAUGUUUACCUUCAGCUUGUGUAAAUCCAGUGAUGUUGCCCUGUACCUGCUGUUCUUUGUGUGUAAAGCAGGGAGUGCAUGGAAGUGGGUUUAAUUAAGCUGCUUCCAGGUUGGCCAAUAAACAAUUUUUAAAUCUGAUGUUAGUGGUCUUGCCAAUGCCUUAAUACCACUGAGGGGUGGUACUACCAUCUUAAAUUGGCGUUCAUUUCUAAAGCUGUUUGCCCAUGGCUGCCCUGUGAAACCUGUGCCGCUUCAACUUUAGCACUGUCAGGUUAUCUGGACAUGCAGCAGGUAGCAGCAUAAAUUCUUCACAGAUGUCAAACAGCUGUUACAAUGUGGGUUAUUUGAAAUUAAAAAGAAAAAAAUCAAAAAAACCAUCAGCCUUCUGUCAAGCUGACAAGCAAGCAUUACAGUGUGACAACUCACCUGCCUCUGUAACUAAAAACUUGCUGUUCUGCCCCAGUUCUGCAGUUUGAGCCCUCCAUGAACCAACUCAGUUAUAAAACUGGCCAAAACCAGCAGCCUGUACUGCACUUUCCUCUUGACUGUAUAAGCCACCACCACUUGGAUCAAUCUGAGCUUUUUAGGAUGCACUUUGACUUUUAUACAUAUUGAGUGAAGAACUGUAUUUAAUAGGUCUACCAUGUUCUCCAGUAGCCUUUAUUAAGCUUAAUUUCAGUAGGUUGCCACUGAAAAGCUAAAACUAGUUGGGAGGAAAAUGUCACAGUAGAUCACAUCUGGUGCUUAGUAUUGGAAAUGCCCUAACCUUGCAGGAGAGGGAGUUUGUAGAUACAGGACCCGUUUGCCACAGUUGCAACAUCAGUUUGUGACCUUGGAAGAGUGACUCGGAAUGCCAACCGGCAAUUCCUCCUUGAAGAAAACAGAGCACAGUGCUCUGCCUGAAAAACUGGGUUCUGCCUUCCCCUUCUGUUUUUUUGUGGUGUGUGCUGGAAACUUUCCAAGACCACUAAGAAAGAUGAACACUGGAAGAGAAGUCAUUUAAAGGAAGCUUAUCCCGUAUUUUCCCCAGAAAAAGAGCAAGUAGCAGUACUUCAGUGGAAAGACUUCAAUUGUUUAUAGUAUUAAUUUACCGCCUGAUGAAACGUCUCCUUGCUCUAGUUUCAGUGGAAGUUGUUCCGUUACUGUUCCUGUACCACAGAGAAAAAUUCUCCCUUGCUCCCUGAGCUUUACCUUUCAAUAUACUGAUACAACUGCCCCUACAGCCUAAAAAAUGCUUCGGUUGGGGGCUGGCAUCUCUGAAGAAAAUACCCCAGGUUGUACCGUACUAGUUUUGCCUAUCCAGUGUUAACUUUUCCUAGUCCUUUCAAAAUAAAGCCUUUAAGGAGCAUAGGGUAAGAGGGGUUAUGUGCAAAGAAGAAAUAAACAGCGGUGCAAAGAAUACUGUUCCUUUCCCUGAAGAACUUUAUGGUGGUGUGGUACUGUGGAGGGAUGAACCACCUGAAGCUUCGUUCAUUCUUGUACUCCUGACAGUGACUUUGGGUUGGAAGAACUGACACUAAGAAAAUGCACCGCUUUGGCUCCCGGAGGAAUGGGGCUUUCUGUGUCUGUCCCUCUCUGAAAGAGCACUACUUGAUUAAAGCUUUGCCUGGCUGGGAGCAAUGUUUUGGGUUUUUUUAACAUGAAAUUUUAAACCUGUUUGGGGAACUAGUAUCUGGAACAGUAACUUCUAUCAGCUUCAUGUUUCAUUAAUACUAAAGUCACAUGUAAAAUACAUGUUUCUUUGCUCUUGUAAAUACGUGCAUGUUUCCAAUUUGUUUUCCAACAAAGACUAUGUCAGGUAUGGAAACCUCAUCUCUUCCUUUUGCCUGAUUUUAAACGCAGAGCAUAAUUCUCUGAAUAUAGUUCAAGAAGCAUUCCUGUCUGUUGCAUGUAAUGUUUAAUUAAACUGUCUUUAAGAAACUCCA